AGCGAGAGGAGCGGAGGGAGAGACCCACAGAGGGAGAGAGAGGGGCUGAGCGAAAAGCAGGGCUUACGGGGGCACAAUUACGGAGCCAGCGGUCGGGUUGGCUGGGAUGGAGCCGAGAGUUUUCGCGUUUUCACUCUGACUCGUGAAUGCGGCGUGUUUUUCAGCGCGUGUUUCGUUUUUAACGCGAUUCGUGUGCGUUUUACUGAGAGCCGAGUGAGAAAGCUAGCUACCGCCAGUCCGUCCUCGCGCGCGGAGCCGUUAACGUUAGCCUGCUGGGCUAGCCGCUGAUGCUAACAGCGUACGCUUGGCUACCAAUGCUAGCUAGCUGGCCUCGCUGCUAAAGAAGGAUAAGAAAGGGAAGAGAAGCGUGUUUUUCCUUUCUUUGACUGUUGAAUUACCUUAGAAACUGUGACAUUUUCAGCUUUUUACCUAAGCUAGUCUUCCCAGUCGACUUGACUGUGUUUUUAAAACUGUUUAUCGACGGUAAAUGUCACGGUAACGGAAAGUCAACGGAAGAGCCUAGCCAGCUUUGUGUUUUUACAGUACAAAAGCUGUUUUUUUUAAUUAGCUUAACGAGGCUUUACGGCUGGUUUACUCCACCCUUGGUGUGACUAUCCUCGCAGACUUUUAACUAACUGAACUGUGUUUACCUCUGAUACCAAGAAGCAGAUCUAUAGGUUAUUUGUUUCUCCUGAAAUUUAGCUAUUUAUUUCAAAAUUGGCGCUGAUGUGGGCAGCCCACUUUUGAAAAGACACAAGAAGCAAGAGCGUACACCAAGAGUCUUAAAUGUAGUCUUUCUUAUUUUUUACCCCUUUUUCUUUAAUCUAGCUACAUUUAUUGUCUUUUUUGAACUCUUCGUUGUCUCUCUUUGCUUAAGAAUUAACUAAUUAGCUAGGUUAACACAUUUUUCUGUUGGGCUCAGUGUGUCUGUGUUUAUCUUUUAUUGAGGUUAGCUAAGCUAACCUCUAGGUUAGGUUAGUAUUUUUGCAGUCAGGCCAUUAACGUUAAACCCUACAACCUCCUUCUUCCAUGCUCCCUCCACAGUCUGCCUGGCUAGCUAACUAACUAAUUAGUUAACCUGUCUUACUAGCUGAUAUUUUCACCGUGAAUUGUGAAGGAACUGCAUGUGCUUUUUUUUUCAAUCCUCCUUCGGACUAAAGCCCCUUACCCGUGUGUAUGUAUUGUUUUCGUGGGCCUUGGUAGUUACAUGAUCGCGGCGGACACUUAGCCUAACUUAGCUUAAACUCCCUCGCAAGAUUGUUGAUUUUAGAUUUUUUUUAAAUCUUCCUUCCACACCAAAACGGCGAGGUUUCUUUGAAGAAAGCAUGGACGAUCAGACCCGCAUGCUGGGUCUGGCGGGACUCGGCGCUCUGUCCCAGGCCGACGUCGGCGACCCGGACGCCGCAAGGAAGCAGCAGGCUCUCGGUCAGCCGCAGCAGGACAUAGGGGACAUCCUCCAGCAGAUCAUGGCCAUCACGGAUGAGAGUCUGGAUGAGGCUCAAGCACGAUGCUGGCAAGAGGAGGGACCAACCGAGUGGGGUGGAAGAGAUGACCCCACAGAGGGAGGGGGAGCUGGGGGGGGCACAGCAGGGGGUGCCCUGCCGCUCAACUUCCAGCACAGGAAACACGCCCUGAACUGUCACAGAAUGAAGCCUGCUCUCUUCAGUGUGCUCUGUGAGAUCAAAGAGAAGACUGUAUUGAGUAUAAGAGGUGUGCAGGAGGAGGAUCCCCCAGAUCCGCAGAUCAUGCGCCUGGACAACAUGCUUCUCGCUGAGGGUGUGUCUGGUCCGGAGAAAGGUGGAGGUUCAGCAGCAGCAGCAGCAGCCGCCGCAGCAGCAGGGGGUUCACCCAAUGAUGGCAGCAUUGAGCACUCGGACUAUAGAGCCAAACUUGCACAGAUCCGCCAGAUCUACCAUUCGGAGCUGGAGAAAUACGAACAGGCUUGCAGUGAAUUCACCAACCAUGUGAUGAACCUGCUGCGAGAGCAGUCACGUACGCGGCCCAUCUCGCCCAAAGAGAUUGAGCGCAUGGUGGCCAUCAUCCAUCGCAAGUUCAGCUCCAUCCAGAUGCAGCUGAAACAGAGCACGUGCGAGGCAGUCAUGAUCCUCCGCUCUCGUUUCCUCGACGCCAGACGCAAAAGACGUAACUUCAAUAAGCAAGCGACAGAGGUGCUGAAUGAGUAUUUUUACUCUCACCUGUCUAACCCCUACCCCAGUGAGGAAGCCAAGGAGGAGCUGGCCAAAAAGUGUGGGAUCACUGUUUCUCAGGUCUCUAACUGGUUCGGCAACAAGAGAAUUCGGUACAAGAAGAACAUUGGUAAGUUCCAAGAGGAAGCGAAUCUGUAUGCAGUUAAAACAGCGGUGGAUGCUGCAAAUGUGUCUGCACAGGCUAGCCAGGCAAACUCCCCGGCGACACCGAACUCAGGGUCUUCAGGGUCCUAUGGCUUGUCUCGCACAGGAGACAGUUACCUCAGCCUGCGUUCGCUCAACGGGGAGGGCCUCAACAUCGCCCCCUCUCUACAGCAGCAGGUGGAUACCCUGCACCGUGCUACACACCUGACGGGCGGCUAUGAGGAGCUGUCAGGAAGUGCCCUUUACACCCCACACCACCUUGAUGCCAACAGCAGCUGGCAGGACAACCCCAAUCCCUCCUCCAUCACCCCUCCACCCGGACAUCCCAGCAGCGUCCACUCGGACACCUCCACCUGAGACUCCCAGCUUCCACCGCCCCUGACACAAACACUAACUCACAAGAUCUGAACUCAGCUUCCACCAGAGCAGCCCUGCCUCCUCCCUCAUCUCUCCUUCCAUCACGCAGACUCACAGCUGUUAAAGCUGACGAACGUUUUACCGAGUUCCACUUUGUCGGUCAGCUGCACUGCGGGCUUUGAUAGGCCACAGACCACAUAGAGAAACACACAUAUACAAACACACACACACACACACAAACACACACACUCUUACUCUUAUUUACUGACCCAUUCAUUCAGCCACAGUGAAGACCAUGCAGGAACUUCUUCCCUCCCUGCUGAAACCAAAGUGCUGUCAGCAGUCGAAUCUCCUUCUGUUCGUCAAACUACAACCUCAGACAACUGAAACGCAGAGAAACCGUGCAUCCGAAAUCUCCUCAGUCCCCGAUUAGAGCCCGUUUCUGUCGGGGGACGUUUGCGGUGAACUUUACAGCUGCCUGAAUAGAGUAAAUAAUUUUGUUAUUAUAAGAUUCACAAGCAUUUACACUCAAUUCCACUCGUUCCACAAGCGUUAAUGUAUCAGCUAAGCACAAAUUUCACAACUUUUUAAGGUGGACGUGAAAGAGACAACACCAUUGUUGUCUUUUAGAGGGGCUCAUGUUGGUGUCAUUUUGGGUGGAAUGGUGGGCAGGUCUGAACAGGAACAGAGGGCAAAAGAGAUUUCCACCAUGCAGCUAGUGGCUAUGGUUUAGCCCAGCCCCGAUGUGUCUUUUAAGAGAAGUAGUAAAAGAGUUUUUUUAGUUCUGGAUUUCUUUGGUUUCAUUUGUUGAGGUAGUUUAGUAUUUCGUAACACAUUUUCCCACAAAGAAUGCACCAGCCACCAAAUAAAUAAUAAAUACACUGUAGACUGACUUUUUAUUAGAGCUUUUUCAGUUUGUUAGAAAGGGAGUGGAUGGACGGUGAAUGAAGCGGUGGUUUAGUAUUGGGCCAGGAGUGUUGCUAGAAAUGAUCCUAUUCUUUUUUUUUUUUCUUUCUUUCUUUUUUUCUUUCUUAUUUUAAGGGAUACGUUACAAAACUGUCUUCCAUGCAUGCAGGCUUCAGAGCUGUUUUAGAGAUUCCAGUAGCUUGUCGGUUUGAGAUUUUGUUCAUUUUCUCAUUGUUGGUUUUACAUAAAGAAAUGCUACAGAAUGGAGAGGAUAUAAUAACAGACCAAAAACAAAAAAUUAAAUAAAUAACCUUACCAUGCAUCUUGCGUCAUGCGUCACGUACAUGCACACAGAGUGCGGCCCCUCCAGGACAGGACACCACAGUUGCGGGGCCUCUUGCAGUACGGUGUGCUUCCCUACGGCUUUGCAUCAGCCCCUAGAUGCGAGGAUACGCUGAAAAAGAUCCAGACUGCAGUCUUUACCUGUACUCUUCCAAACCAAAAAUGUUAAAUACUAGAUGCUUAUGAGAGCGUCUCAUAAAUGUAGAUGUAAAUUGUGCUCGUUACAGUUUGGGAGGAAGCGGAUAUUGUAGGGAAAUGGUUUUGAUUUUGUGCUUCUGUAUGUGUUGUCUGAUGGCCUCUUGUGGUACAUAUAUAUGUGUGCGUGUGUGUGUGUGCGUGUGCACGUGCGAGCGAGCGUGCACAGGAUGUGUUUGUUUUUUUUGUUUUGUUCUGUUGUUGGUUUAAGUUUUUGUUUGUUUGUUUUAAAUUGGUCUCGUCACACUUUUUAUAACUGAUUGUAUUGUAUGUGCAAUUGAAAGCACCCAUUCCGUAAUAAUAAUACUAGCAUGCCAUAGAAACACAUACCGUCUCUUCAGUUGCGUAGCGUUUAUGCUUCAUUACGCAGGAAUUCCUUUUCUUUAAAAUCCAGUUAACACACGGCCGAGCAACAAGGGCUUUUCUCCUCUGACGUUUAACCAAAAACUAGCAUUAGAACAUGUUCUGAAUUUGAACUAGGUGGACUGCAGCCAGCACUGAGGAAUAACAGACCGAGACCAAAUCUCGAGUAUAGUUUUUCUUGACACAGGAGAUAUGGUAUGCUGGGUCCUGUUGUUUUUAACGUGCGUCUAUCCCUCUCUUCUCUCUCUCUUUUUGUUUUUAAUACGAUCCAGCCGUGGUAGUAGCAGGGUGUUUUGAUACACGAAUGGAAAUUGUUACACAAAGGACUCGACGCUGAAACAUAAGAGGGGUUUUGUUUAUAUGUAUGAAAGAACAAACUCUAAGGACCUUUUCGAGGAAUUACCCAGAUCAUAGUGUCAUGUAUAGAUUUAUGUUAGUUCAAAUAUUUCAUAUGGCUGUCUUAUAACUAAUGCUAUUACUACACCAAAUUACGUUACAGUUUUAUUCUUUUUUUGUUUGUUUGUUUUUUGCUUUUCUUUCCUUCCUCCUUUUUGUACCGGCCAUCUAUGGAUGUCAUUGUACAGAUUGUGGAAUGUUUCAGUGUAUUUCUCUUUUUAUAUACUUACAUGUUUCUUUUUUUAUGCCUGGUUUGUUUUGCCUUUACUCUGCUGAUGAGUUAUAGUAAUAUUUGUAAUAAUGUUUGUUCAUUAUCAGUUUUGUUUGACUUUUGAAUCGGGGUCGUGGAGUGUUACUUUGGUUUGUUUUUUUUGUUUUUUUUUGUAUAUUUGUUAGAGCUGAUGUUUGUGUGAUGCAGUGAGAAUCUCCUCAUUAUCCCACACCUUUAUGAUUCUGUACAGUCUUCAACAACUAGAAACGUGCAUCAUCCAGCAAUAACUGUACUCAUGGAUGAUUGAAGACAGCAAGGAUAGUAAAAUUUAGGCACCAGUGGUUUAGCAGGUUUUGCAGGUCUUACAGGGCUUGCUUCCUGCUCUUGCUGAUCAGGCUAGGCUAAGAUAAGCUCUUUGUCUGAGCUGGAACAGUAAAUCUUUGAACAGUGAAGAAGAGCUCAGGCUUUUUGUUUUCAGUGGCAUUUUCUGAGGCGUAGGUACAGGAACUGUCACGUAACUGUAGUUAGAGGUAGAUCUGUCCUAGGAAGAGUCUUUCUUAGUAGCCUGUUGCUCAUACAAACGGAGAAGUUGAACAAGGCUAUGUGGGCUUUGUGGUACAAUUUUCUGCAAUUGUGCUUGAGGAAGAGGAAAUUUGUUAGGUAACUUUGCCAUUUUUACACACUUUUUGUUGUUUUUUCCCCUUAACAUUUUAAGCAUGCAGAAAAUUGUGGGUAACUAUUGCCAUGAAGGAUACAUCAGUUGCACCCUCAAAAUGUUUCUUAAAGGUGGCUGCAUGUUUCAUCUCUGUACAAAAAGAGUCCUUCACUUUAGAACAGCUUUCUUCUCCAACUUCAGCUUUGGGUUGCAGCUACUGUUACAGGCUCUAAAGGUUCCAGGUCAGUGUGCAGUUCAGGAAUUGAGUAGAAAUGAAAGAAAAUGGUCUAAAGCCCUAUCCAGAUGGGAUAAGUUUCUCAGGGGGUACUCUCUGGGAUUUUAUUCCCAUCCAGAACGACCAUAUGUGUGUCCUCUGCGAAAAUUACAGGCUAAAUUACCUUCUGUUUUUCGCUGAACUCCGUGGUCCUCCGGUAAUUUUAGUCCCGUCUGGAUCCACAUGUCUGAGUUUUGUUUUUUCGUGUUUAAUAAAAUAGCUAUUUGUUCACUGCCGCGCACCAUAAUUACACUUUGGGUGUGCAUUUCCACAGAGAUAAACGUAAACACAACAGUGAGUGGAAAUAGAGGAGCUACUGAACGUGAUGUCUUGUGACUGAGAAUGCCUAAAAACUCACUGGUCCUUCUCUUUUUUUGCAGACUGGAUGCAAAAGUUUAGAGUUUUAUCACUGAGUAGAAGUGUCACGUCUGAAUAGGGCUUAAAGCCGUGGCCACCAAAACUGCCCCUAAUACCCUAAUCUACAAAAGUGUUACCUUCAGAAGUGAUUGAUUUCCUGAAUGUUAGAGUCAGGUUUGGAGGUAAAACCUGCAGUAAAAAGGUUUAAGUUGUGAGAUACUAAAGAACUGCAUGGAGAGCUUUGCUCUUGGCCAAACCUCUGCAUACAUCACAAACGAUCUUUCAUCUAUUCUCAGAUAAUGAAAUUAGCUGGGUCUCUUCUUUUACAAAGGGUUUCUCAGAAGUAGAAACCAAAAAGCGCUUUAGACAAGCCAUCUAGACACAGCGCAGUUGUACCACAUCUCCGCGGUCUAAAACUACUUUACAAUAGUUGCAGAUGCAGCAGCAGCAUGUGCCUGAAUGGCACAUGCUACACUUUCGUUGCGUCUCUUUGCUUCACUAAAGGAAGUGACACAUUUCACACCAGAGAUUUGCUUAGCAGGUCGUGCCCUCUCACAUUACACUUUUUAAGACGCGUUUUCUUUUGCUCGCCUUCAAACUCGGUGCAAAGUACAUCAAUGCUCACGCAAGCUGUCACUUAGAGCACUGACCCAGCAUCAGUCUUCUCUAUUUUUUACUGAAUUCAGUCACAAAACUGACCCUAGAUCAGCACUCCUGCUCUGCAAAGAUCAUGAGCAGACCCCUGCCACUCGCGUUAUCAACAGAGGAUAAUUCUCUACUGCAUCACAACAAACAUCACAAAAAAGAAUGAUACGGAGGUGUUUUCUUUUGUUUUCUAUUAUUUUCUUACAACUGUAGUAUAUCCUUCUUCCUCCCAUCGUUUUUUCCCUUCUGUAUUCACCACUCCCCCUUUCUCUACCUCUCCUAUUCUUUCCAUUUCGCUUGUAUAUAAACCCUGCCAUUUUCAGACUUGCUAGUCUGUUAUGAACUCCUUUUAUACCUCAACUUUAGAACUGUUCUAGUAAGAGAAAAAAAAGACAAAAACAAAAGAAAUAUGAGAAUUGUAGUGUUCCUUAUUAGAAAAACAAAAACUAAUAAAAUAAUCUAGUGUGCUUUUGA